AUGGCUGUUACAAAUCAUCAGAAUGGGAAUGGAAUAAGAAGGCCGAAGAAACUACCCCAUACCAUGGUGCAGAUGUUCUUGAGCUGGGGACUGCCCAUCUCCUGUAACCGGUUCCUGUGCCGCCAUCCAGGCGAGUUCCCUGCCACAGCUUUCCUGCUGGGGGCAGGCACCGGGGGACUCCUGGCCAUAGGUCUCUUUCAGUUCCUGGUGAACCCCAUGAACAUCUAUGAAGAGCAGAAGAUGGUGGUUUUGUACAGCUUGGUGGGUUUGGGGGCCAUAGGUUGGGGGACGUCCCCUCACAUUCGCUGUGCCAGUAUCCUCUUGAUCCCCAAGAUGCUGGGCAGAGAGGGCAGGUUGUUUGUCAUGGGAUACGCUUUGGCUGCCAUCUAUGCAGGGCCAGCAGCCAAUCUUCGGCACAACCUCAACGAAGUGAUAGCAUCACUGGGCUGCACUGUGGAACUGCAGAUCAACAACACCCGUGAGGCCUGGCGCGUCUCCACAGCCCCCUUGCGGGCAGUGUUCAAGGAUCUGCUGAGUAGCAAAGAAUCGCUGAAAAGACAGACUCAGAACAUCUCUGCCUCCUUUGAAGACCUGGAUGCUCAAGUGAAAAGUGAGGCUGGCUACUCACUGAAAGACGGCAUGGACUUAGACAAAGUGAUGCAAGGCAAAGGGACCCGUGGGGCCCCCAAAAUCAGAGUACCCUUGUCCACACAGAAGAUGUACGAGAUGAAGACAAAGAUGCGUUGCUCCUAUGUAGUGAAUCAAGGCAUACGUAGUUGUCGCCGCUGGUUUGACCAAAAACAUAACGAAUGCAUGAAACACAUCCGGGUCCCAAUCCUCAACCACUUGGUCUGCCUGCCGAUGAAGUUCAAGUUCUUCUGUAGCAUUGCCAAGGUGAUGGAAGUUUGGUGCCGCAAUCGCAUCCCUGUGGAAGGCAACUUUGGACAGACCUACGACACCCUCAACCAGUCUAUCCAUGGUCUAAAUGGGGAAUUUUCAGCUAAUAUUGACAUAAAGGAAGAGAAGCAGACUGGGUUGGUAGGCCUCAAUAUAAGCUGGGAGCACGUGAGCACUGAGGUGCGAGACUACGUGGAACGGCAGGAGGCCCAUCUGGAGUGGGCACUCGCAUUGAUACAAGUGCUGCUGUCCUGUACCUUCCUCAUAGUCCUCCAUGGGUCCUUCUCUUACAUAGACAGCUAUAACCAGGACAUCCGCUUUGACAACAUCUAUAUCAGCACCUACUUCUAUCAGAUUGAUGAGCGCAGGAAGAAGCUGGGAAAACGGACUCUGCUGCCACUGCGCAAGGCGGAGAAGCUGACUGUCAUCUUUCCCUGCAAGCCCACCAUCCAGGCCUCAGAAAUGAAAAACUUGGUGAGGGAGCUCCUGGAGAUCCUGCCCAUCCUACUGCUGUUGCUGCUGCUGUGUGCACUGGACAGGGCUCUCUACACGGUCUUUGACACCAUCCGCCAGCAUUCCUACCUGCAGUACUCCUUCCACAGCAAUCAUAAACUGGAGGUGAAGGUUGAAGGAAACUCUAUGCUUGCCCGGCUUCUUCGGAAAACCAUCGGAGCCCUGAAUACCUCCUCAGACGUCCGGGUGGAAACAAACAACAUGCCCUGCCUGCCCCAGCCCGUGUGCAUGGAUACCAAGGCCUACUGGAAGGCUAUACAACCGAUCGGCCUGCUAGCCUGUCUCUGCCUAGCUCAGGCUUAUGGCUACCGGCUCCGGAGGGUCAUUGCAGCCUUCUAUUUCCCCAAGAGAGAAAAGAAGCGGGUCUUGUUCUUUUACAAUGAGCUCUUGAAGAAGAGAGCCGCGUUCACACAACUAAGGAGGGCUGCCAUCCUGAGGCGGGCACACCAGCAAAGAGCUCCACGCCACCACCUGGUAGACGCCCUGCACCGCCGCUGCCCGCUCCUACGCCGCUGGCUGUGCCGCCGCUGCGUGGUGUGCCAGGAACCCGAGACAUCUGAGUCCUACGUGUGCCCGACGCCGGACUGCGAGACCGUGUACUGCCUGUCCUGCUGGGAUGACAUGCGGCAGCGGUGCCCGGUCUGCACGCCCCGUGAGGAGCUUUCCUCCUCCGCCUUCAAUGACAGCAACGAUGAUGCUAACUACGCGGAGUGA